UUCAAUUUUCGCACCGGAAAAUGGCAUCAUUCAGAGCCACCACAAGCUUUCUCGUCCGGGGAAUUUUCCGUCCGUCAAUACACUUCCCAAAUGUUGUUCGCUUCAUCCACAUCUCGCCGGCAGCGUUCCCGGCGACGAACCUUGUUGUGAGUCAUCGAAUUUUAUCACGGAGUCUCUCUUUUAGUCCGGUUAGGUGUGCGGCGUCGUCCGACGGUGGUGCUGAUGAUGGAAAGAAGUCUCCGGCGCGGUUUGCUCAGGUUCAACAGCUGUUACAUGAAGCUAAGGAGCGAGCUCAAGCUGCGGGCAACGAUCCUAUUCCUAAGAUUACUCUUGAUCACGUGACUGUCAACUUUGCAAGAAGUGGAGGUCCUGGAGGUCAAAAUGUCAAUAAAGUAAAUACGAAGGUGGAUAUGCGGUUCAAUGUUGAAAAAGCAUAUUGGCUAAGUGACAGAGUCAGAGAGAAGAUUUUGCAAAUGGAAAAGAAUAGGAUAAAUAAGGAUGGAGAGCUUGUGAUCUCUUCAACAAAGACGAGAACUCAGAAGGGUAACAUCGAAGAUGCUUUGAGUAAAUUACAGGAUAUAAUUGAUGCUGCUUCUUAUGUACCACCACCUCCAUCUGAAGAGCAAGUGAAAAGAAUAACGAAAUUGGCUGCUAUUGGGGAGCGCAAACGACUUGACAAUAAGAAGGCCCAGUCACAAAAGAAGGCUAUGCGAAGAAGCAGAGAUAGUUAUGACUAACUCCAAGAGCUCAAGAUGUCCAACACAGGCACUUUGCUAUCAAAUUCUCCCAGCACUUUGAUCAUUUCCUUCAUCCUACUUUUAAACGAUACAAAAAUGUUUGAGGAAUUAGUACAGAAUCCU